AUGGUUGAAAAAAUGAAAACAACCCGACAGAUAGCUCAGUUGUUAGGACGCCGGACUAGCAAUCGACAAAUUGGGGGCUCGAAUCCUCCGUCGGGCAUUUUUUCCAAUUUUUCACAAAAACCCAGAAAUUCCAGCCUAGCAGUGGUACAAAUAGCAGGGUUUAGACCACCGGUCUCAAGCAAAGACAAGCCAGGCCUACAAGGUCCAUUCCGAUCUCCUUCCCUUUUUUCUGUAGUCAGCCACAGUCCGCAGUACCACAGUAUUCUCAAGCAUUGUUCGGAAGCUCUCAGUGUUAUCUGGGAGGCUCACUUCCAAAAUAUAGUUAAAGAAGUUCCCAUUGUCAACAACCAAUACCUUCUAAACUACAAAAAAAGUGUUAGGAAAGGCGAGAGUACUUGUCAGAAAUCCCCCUACACUGGUAGAUAUAUCAUCAAGUCCUUUAAGCUCAAGGGCGAGAAAUUGUUGAUUGCAGUUGCAGCAGCAGCAACUGCAGCAGCAACAGAAAAGAAAUUAAACAGUAAACCAAUAGUAGCUCGAUAUUGA